CUGGAUGUUAGGAAGAGCGGGAGACUUCGUUUUUGAGGAAAGAUCUUUUUGUCCUUACUUGCCUUUUUGCUCGCCAAAGAGAUUUUGAUAUACUCGGCGGGCGUUUAUACUUAUUACAGUAGUUCGCGGAACGUUUCGGCCAUUCUCCGGACCAUGUUUUAAGGCUGGAUAAGCACGACAAUGCGCCUGAUCUGUAGCGUCGAGGUCAACAACCGCCUGUGCCCCUCCCACAACCUCGCCAGCAGUAAGAGCAAGGGCCGCGGGGGACAUGCCACCCUGACGCUGGGUAGGAAGCCUGGCUCCGACAGCAAGGAGGGGAUGGUGUUCUUAAUGAUGUGCACGGCCAAGGACAAGGCAGGGACCAAGUAUAAGUUGAAGGGGAACGUUGGACAGAUCUUCGGUAGGUUUGUGCAGGAAGGAAAGGCCACCAUCCGCUUCCACCAGCCUGAGCACGACAUCUGUAUCAGCAAGGCAGACCCCAUAAACCUAAAGGCAUUGUUGUCAGCUGUGAAGCUGGCUCACCACGGACAGGAGAUGACUCGUGCUCAGGUGUCAACCCUCACCCCCGCCACAACCUCACAGGUAGAACCUCCCAAAACAAAGAUGACCGUGUCCAAACGUAAAGACUACCCCCUCACCAAGUCUUUCCCCAGCUCCCUCGUUGAGCUGAGAAUAAACCACUGUACUCUCAAUCGCAUUGACACCAGGAUCCUCGGCCUGAAGCAUUUGAAGCUUUUGGACAUGAGUGACAACAACAUACGAACCCUGCCAGAGACCAUCGGUGAACUGAAGUGUUUGGCAGACCUGAACAUGUCCAACAACCAGCUGACAGAGUUUCCGGGGAAGUUCUUCCAGUCAACGCUGCGGAAUUCUCUCCAGUCACUGGACCUGAGCCACAACCAGCUGAGCCGCCUGCCCAACCAGCUGUGUGCCUGUGUGGAUCUGGUGUCCCUGAAGCUGGACUGUAACAAGUUGUCGGGGCUGCCACCGUCCAUAGGACUGCUGAGGAAGCUGAGAUUUCUCACAGCUACACGCAACCACAUCACUCUGCUGCCGGCGUCCUUCCUGCAGCUGCAGCUGGAGACAGUGGACCUGUUUGAGAACCCGUUCCUGGAGGACGGUCCGUCCACACUGAUGGGGAGGCUGACGUUUCCCUCUCUUCUAGAGAUCUCUGCCAGGGUCGUUAAAAAGCACAGACUUCACUAUACAGAAGAGGACUUGCCACGGACCCUGAUUAGCUACUUGGGUAUAGAGAAAAGAUGCCUGUGUGGACAGCUGUGCUUUGAGAACUUUGUUCGUUUCCUGGCGAGACUGGACCUGCACAGACUGGCACAUACAGUUACUGCUGUGGACAGCCAAGGACGCACACAUGCACCACUGGAGGCUUUCCUGUGUUCAGAAGCCUGUAGUGCCAAAUACAGGAAGCAUCCUGCUGGCUUCUGGAAGUAAAUUUGUCUUGAAGAAAAUUUUUAGCCCAGGAGCUUUAUUGAUUAAUAAAUUAGAAUAAGAUGUUAGUCAUUUGCCUGUAAAUUUUAUGCUGGUGGUCAUUGUACAUUUGUUGAGAAAGACUAUCUCUGUUUAUAAGCAAUUACAAUCUAAAGUUGUUGGCAACCAUCUGUCUCCAGAGACAGUGAUCUAAAGUAGUCAGUCAAUGUUUAACAAAAACCUGUGUAUCUUCGAAUUUCUCAUAGUUUUGUUUUGUACAUUCUGAUCUUUGCAUACAUGUAUGUUACUCCUAACAGAAGCAACACUGAGAUCACUCAGGUACAUGAAUACUCUUUGUACCUUAACUUAAGUUGUAUAGCUUUGACAAGAAUGGCUACUUAUUUUACACCUGUCAGAGGUCAUUUUUUUAUUGUAAGGACUAACUAAGCAAUAAAGUUGUUA